AUGCUGAACACGUCUGCUUCCUCUGUUCGAGUCGGCUUUGCCGACUUGCCAAAAGAAAUCGUGCAACUGUGUUCCUACAACGUGGUGUGUGCUACCGUGCGCAGGAGGCUGCUCCAAGUUAACAAGCACAAACCGUGGAUUGAGACCACCUACCAUGGCAUUGUUACUGAAAAUGACAACACAGUGCUCCUGGACCCUCCCUUGAUAGCAUUGGAUAAAGAUUCGCCGCUUCGGUUUGCAGUCUUUCCUGAAGACUUGGGUUUAUCUUUUCUCCCAUUAGAGAGUUUUGAGGUGACCCUCACUAAGGAAGGUGAAAUUUGUGGGUUUAAAAUCCACGGCCAAAAUGUCCCCUUUGAAGCGGUGGUGGUGGAUAAAUCCACCGGAGAAGGGACGAUCCGAUCCAAAGAAAAACUGGACUGCGAACUGCAGAAGGAAUAUACCUUCACCAUCCAGGCCUACGAUUGUGGAACAGGACCGGAUAGAGCCAAUAUGAAGAAGUCCCACAAAGCCACCGUGCACAUCCAGGUGAACGACGUCAACGAGUAUGCGCCCGUCUUUAAGGAGAAGUCCUACAAAGCGACGGCAAUCGAGGGGAAGCGGUACGACAACAUCCUAAAGGUGGAGGCGGUGGAUGCCGACUGCUCCCCGCAGUUCAGCCAGAUCUGCAGUUACGAGAUUGUCACUCCGGAGGUUCCCUUCGCAAUCGACAAAGACGGUUACAUUAAGAACACCGAGAAGCUGAGCUUCACCAAGGAGCACCAGUAUAAACUCACCGUCACGGCCUACGACUGUGGGAAGAAGAGGGCUGCCGAGGACGUCCUGGUGAAGAUCAGCAUUAAACCCACCUGCAAACCAGGCUGGCAGGGCUGGAGCAAAAGAAUGGAGUACGAACCAGGGACGGGGGCCCUUUCCCUCUUCCCCAACAUCCAUCUGGAGACCUGCGAUGAGCCCAUCACUUCCGUCCAGGCCACAGUCGAGUUGGAGACCAACCACAUCGGGAAAGGCUGCGACCGAGACACCUACUCGGAGAAGUCCCUUCACAGGCUGUGUGGUGCUUCCUCCGACACCGCGGAGCUGCUCCCUUCCCCAAGCAACGUAGCCAACUGGACCCUCAACCUCCCAACCGACAACGGCCACGAGAGCGACCAGGUCUUCGAGUUCAAUGGCACUCAAGCCGUGAAGGUGCCGGAGAGCGUGGUCACCAUCAGCAUGAAGGAGCCCUUUGUGAUUUCCGUCUGGAUGAGGCACGGCCCCGGGGCCAAAGAAAAGGAGACCAUCCUUUGCAAUUCAGACAAGACGGACAUGAGCCGUCACCGUUAUUCCCUCUACGUGCACAACUGCCGGUUGGUCUUCCUCUUCCGCCAGGACCCCUCCGAGGGGCAGAGUUAUAAGCCAGCCGAAUUCCACUGGAGGUUGAACCAGGUUUGUGAUCAGGAAUGGCACCACUACAUCCUCAACGUAGAGUUUCCGGCGGCCACACUUUACGUCGACGGCAUUUCCUUCGAUCCCUUCCCGGUGACCGAGGAUUAUCCGCUCCAUCCCUCCAAGAUAGAAUCACAGCUAGUAGUCGGAGCUUGCUGGCAAGAAUAUGCGGGAAAUGAGAAUGACACCAACCAAGCGACCGAGAAUCCUGCAGGUGGCGACCAGCGGAUGGCUCAGUUCUUCCGCGGCAACCUGGCUGGCUUGACCAUCCGCUCAGGGAAACUGGAAAGCAAGAAAGUGAUCGAUUGUCUGUAUACCUGCAAGGAAGGCCUGGACCUGCCCACCACAGACGGCGCUGCGAAGGGCCUGAAGAUCCACAUGAACCCCAGCCAGUCAGCCCUGAGUUUAGAAGGAGAUGACCUCGAGAGGUUCGACAAAACCAUGCAACGCAUCUCAUACGUCAACUCGCGUCAGUUCCCCACCCCCGGCAUCCGGCGGAUCAAAAUCACAAGCACGGUGAAGUGCGCCCACAACGAAGCCUGCAUCUCCAUUCCGCUCGUGGAGGGUUACAUCAUGGUCCUGCAGCCCGAGGAGCCGAAAAUCAGCCUGAGCGGCAUCAACCACUUUGCCCGUUCGGCUUUGGAGUUUGAGAGCCCCGAGGGCGUGUCUCUCUUCCCCGAGCUUCGGAUCAUCAGCACCAUCACGCGGGAGGUGGAGCCCGAAGGAGAGGGGGAGGAAGACCCUACAGUCCAAGAAUCCUUGGUGUCCGAAGAGAUCAUGCAUAAUUUGGAUACCUGCGAGGUCUCGGUCUUGGGGGAGGAACUGAACCGGGACCAAGAGAGCCUGGAGGUCGACUUGGUACGGCUGCAACAGAAAGGCAUGGAAAUGAGCAGCUCAAGCCUCGGCCUCAUCCUUACUGGGGUGGACACCAUGGCCAGCUACGAGGAAGUUUUGCACUUGAUCCGCUACCGUAACUGGCACGCCGUCUCGCUCUUUGACCGGAAGUUCAAGCUGGUGUGCUCAGAGCUCAACGGACGCUACGUUAGCAAUGAAUUUAAGGUGGAAGUGAACGUCAUCCACACCGCUAACGUCAUGGAACACGCCAGCCACAUUGCUGCCCAGCAGCCCCAGUUUGUGCAGCCUGUCCAUCAUUCCUUCGUUGACCUCUCUGGCCACAACCUCGCAAACCCUCAUGCAGGGUUUUCUGUGGUUCCCAGUACCGCCACGGUGGUGAUUGUGGUGUGCGUCAGCUUCCUGGUUUUCAUGAUCAUCCUUGGAGUCUUCCGGAUCCGAGCGGCCCACCAGCGGACGAUGCGGGACCAGGAAUCCGGGAAGGAGAAUGAGAUGGACUGGGACGACUCUGCCUUGACCAUCACGGUUAACCCUAUGGAGACCUACGAGGACCAGCACAGCAGCGAGGAGGAAGAGGAGGAGGAGGAAGAGGAAAGCGAAGACGGGGGCGAGGAAGACGACAUCACCAGCGCCGAAUCGGAGAGCAGCGAGGAGGAGGAGGAAGGGGGAGAGCAGGAGGAGGACCCCCAGCACGUCAACCGGCAGCAGCAGUUGGAGUGGGACGACUCGACCCUACCCUACUGAGCCCCUCCCCCCCCCCCCCCAACACCCCCUGCUCCCCUUCUUGUUGUUUUUUUCUUUUCGUUUCGUUCUCCUGCUCCGGAGAGCGCCGGGACAAACCACUUCCCUUCCUUUUCAGGGGUCCCGGGGGGGGCCAGACUGUCUCCUGGCCCCGUUAGAGUUGGCCAGUCUCCCUUCCCUCCCUCCCCCUUUCGUGUGUCGGGCAUACCCUCUCCCAAAUCCCCGCCUGUAGAAAUGUAGCUAGCCCCUCUUCCUCUUUUCCACUCCACUCCCGCGCUUAUGCACCAUUUAAAUUUAAAAUGAUUGGUCUUUUUCCCCGGCGGGGGGCACAGACCAAGGGUUUGAAGGUGUCACCCUAUACUUGCC